CUAAGACUACACCCAUUAUAACUCCAUGGAGUCUUGCUCCAUGGUGCUUUCCUAUGCAUUGGCAGAACCAUAACUGUGACAAUGUAUUAUAUAAAACAUCUUAACUUCUAAUAAAUGGGGAAUUUUCCUGGACCUCACAACCAGAAUUAAGGCAACUUGAAGAAAUUUAAGUUUUAAAGCUGUGAUCCUACUGAGGGUUUAGCACACUUUUCAAAGAACAAUGUAAAAACUCACAUUAUUUUCCUUGGACUUCUCUUGAUAUCAACUUUUAAAACCUAACUUGAUGCAUAGAUACAAUGGCAAUUUAUGUACUUUUUCAAGUCCUGCUCAGAAACUGCAUGAGUGUCACUUGAUGAAAGCAUGAAAUGCAGAGGCUUAAAGCAUAGUUCAAAAAUGCAUAUACAGUUAUGGGUAUUUUUUGAUAAAAGUCAUAUUUAUAAAUGUUUGUUGUCCACUUGACCACUUGGAGCCAGUUACCUAAUCCUUUAUAAAAGAUUACUGUUCACUAUCCCAUUCUUUCCCCAUGUGAUGGUUCCCUUGAUGUUCUAGAAGCACUCCAAAGCUCUCUCUCAAGGUCAGUCAGAGAGAUACAAAUAGACAACAGAUUACACAGAUAGACACCAACAUGGAGACAAAAGGCAGACAGAAAGGGAGAGCUAUACAAGCAGCCUUCAGGAAGUUACAGAUUUAAACUAACUGAACAGACACACAGAGGGUGGAAGACACAGGGAAAAUGAAGUAGAGAAUUCAACUUUGGACUCACACUUAGUUAAAUGCUCUGAGGAAAAGGCUUUUAUUUCUUUCCUUAACUCAGAUGCAUUAUUAAUCACCAGUAUGUUUAAUCUACUCACAUAUGAAGAAUCAAUUAACUUGUGACUUUUUUUUUUGCAUAAGUACAAUAUGGGGAAAACUAAAACUCAACACAAUGGGAAACAAGUAGCCCUGCCAUCUGAAAGGUGUCCAUAGGCAUAGAACCCUAUUUAAAGACAGAACCCCAGGUCUGGGCUUGUGCUUCUGAGCUCUCACCGCCAUGCUGAGCUAGAAUCCAUUUUAACCUCUCAUAAUCAUCACAACAGGUUUUGAACCUCAGAGGUCAAUGAGAAUCCUGGAACUCAUUACAAUCAUGAAAAGAGUUGACUUCCUAGCAAGAGUCUAAUGAGACUUGGGUAAAUCUCGAGUCUCCUUUCCCCAGCUUAUACUGAUAUGCAUGGGUGUCAUAGAGUGUUACAGGGAACAAUCAGGAAACCAUUUAUCAACAAACAGUGCAGUAUGUAUUGUAAUUUUGUUCAAGUUUUCUUUCUUUCAUCCUUUCUUUCUUUCUUUUCUUUCUUUCUUUCUUUCUUUCUUUCUUUCUUUCUUUCUUUCUUUCUUUCUUUCCUUCUUACUUCCUUACUUCCUUUCCUUACUUUUUUUUUUUUGACAAAGAUCAAGACAGUUUUCCAAAGGAGUUUCUCUUUAUUGUCUCACCCUUCAAGAAGUAAAUAAUAUUGUGCCUUGACCUAACAUCAUUUUAAUUCAUCAUUUUCUUUGAUUGAGGCAUCCACCUCCUCUACCUUUUCUUUAAGUCUGAUAAUCUGUCUCCCACAGGUUCUCUAUGUAUUAUUUUUAUUUGCCUUACUGCAUUUUCUUUUCAGGAUUUUUUUUUGGCAUUUCUAAGCACUUAUUGAAGUCAAUUUUAAUAUUUUAUAUUGUCAUUUCCUUCAGGAAUCUGGUAUUAUUUUCUUGCCCAUGAUUUAUUUCGUUUCUCUCUGAGUGAGUGGAUUUACAUGGUUUACAAACUUUAAUGUCCUUGAUCAUGAUUGUGGGUUUUCUAUUCUUUGUCUUCGAUAUCAAAUAAAUUGUGCUCCUUAUAGGAUACCUAUAUGGUUUGCGGUUUGAGCCAAGGACAUUUUAUCUAAGUUAUUGUUUGUUUUGGGUAUCUGUUCUGAGCAUCAGAAUUCAAAGGGACUGCUUAAUUGUGUGCAUUUAUAGCCCAGAGGAAAAGACUCACAAUAUGAGAAGUUAAUAUGCGUUGUAUCUGAAGGGUUCAGAACCCAGGUGCAGUGUCCUACUACAUCCAGUUCUGGUCUAGUCUGGCAGCAACCUUUUGAGGAAGCUGUGUAGAGUAGGUCCUGGGAAGUUUUGUGGAAGGCAGCCUGCAACAGAGUUGGAGGAGUGGUUCCUGCUGGGGAGGGUGGGCCUCCAGCCUGAUUAGAUGAGUUUAAGAAAAAGACAAAUUAAAAGCAAAGGAACGAGCAAGCAAGCAAGCAAGCAAAAAUUCAAAACACCAAACAUUGCUGUGAAGAAUUGGGAAGCUAAUUAAUUAAAAGGUCCCGAAGUAGGUAGGCUUAGAAGAAUUGCAGGAAGCUGCUGAAUAUUGGGCGGGUCCAGAAGGCGGGGCUAGGCAGCAUGAAGGGAAGUUCCGCGGUUUCAUCUUUCUUCUUGCAUCUCAGCUGCCUCGUGAUCAGGAAGUUAUGGAGGGAGACUAGCGCCUAGUAUUUGCGGAACCUGAAAACUUUCUUAAGCAGCAGUUGUUGUGCUGGCCUCCUAGGACAUUGAGCAGCUGGUCCUGUCACCUUCCAGGUAUUCAUAUGCUCAGCAAAAUGUGCAUAACUGUAAAUCAACACUAAGAGCCCUGGAAGGGUAAAGGUCAAGGAGACUCUCACAAAGGAUCCAGAAGAGUUCCAAUAUUUGAAACUGGGAGAGGAAAAAGAAAAAGAAUGAGUUCUCUGGUAAACACUCCACAGGAAUCCACAACACCAGGAUGAAUGGCAGUAUGGGACACCCAACCAUCCAGGGAAAAGUAGAAAAGGGAUGAACCCUGCUCCUCCUCAGAACUUUUGGACCUUGAUGUGAAAUUUCAAGAAGAAUUCAAACUUUGCUCUUCACAGAGACCCUGGGAGAAGGACAACAACAAGAAUGAGUGUGUCUCUGGUAAAUACACCACAGGGUCUGUUAACCUUCAAGGACGUGGCCUUGUACUUCUCACUGGAGGAAUGGGAAUGUCUCAGUUUUGCUCAGAGGACACUGUACAUGGAUGUAAUGUUGGAGAAUUACAACAAUCUUUUGUUCGUGGAAAAUCAUUGCAUACAUGGAAAGUAUGGGAAGGUCUUGGGUGAAGAGAGCCAGUACAUUGUCCAUGAACACGUGAAUAUUCAAGAGAAGUCUUCUAAAUGGGACAAGCUUAUCAAGGUGAUUCUUGAAUCCCCCCAAUGUACACCUUACAAAACUAAUCACAGCUCUCUUCAAUACUCGAACCAAAAAAGACUUAAGCCCAGGAACACUAAAGAAGUUUGCAAAUACAAUGACUCUGUAAACAGUGUAAGUUUGUUUUCUACCAUUAGUCUCAAUCAAGGAAUCCACCUGCAGAAGAAAAAACACAACCGAAAUGCAGAAUUUGAGAAGGUUUUUGUUUCUAAACAUAAAGUCAUGGUGAAACGAAACAAUACUGGAGUGAACCCUUACAAAUGUAGUGAAUUUGACAAAUAUCUUACCCAGAGAGAAAAACUUCAAAGUCAGCAGAGAAUUUAUCAUGGAAAGAAACCUUACAGAAGUAGUAAAAGUGACAAAUGCUUUACCCAUCAGAUCCAUCUUAGUAUCCAUCAGGGAAUUCAUGCAGAAGAGAAAAUUUACAAAUGUAGUGAAUGUGACAAAUGCUUUACCCACAAAUCCCAUCUUAAUAUUCAUCAGAGAAUUCAUACAGGAGAGAACCCUUACAAAUGCAGUGAAUGUGACAAAUGUUUUAAACACAAAUUCAGUUUUAGUAUGCAUCAGAGAAUUCAUACAGGAGAGAAACCUUACAAAUGUAGUGAAUGUGACAAAUGCUUUACCCAAAAAUCUCAUCUUAGCGUUCAUCAGAGAAUUCAUACAGGAGAGAAACCUUACAAAUGUAGUGAAUGUGACAAAUGCUUUACCCACAAAUCCCAUCUUAAUAGUCAUCAGAGAAUUCAUACAGGAGAGAAACCUUACAAAUGUAGUGAAUGUGACAAAUGCUUUACUAAAAACGGGAGUCUGAGAAUUCAUCAGAGAAUUCAUACAGGAGAGAACCCUUACAAAUGCAGUGAAUGUGACAAAUGCUUUACCCACAAAUCCAAUCUUAAUAUUCAUCAGAGAAUUCAUACAGGAGAGAAACCUUACAAAUGUAGUGAAUGUGACAAAUGCUUUACCCACAAAUCCCAUCUUAAUAGUCAUCAGAGAAUUCAUACAGGAGAGAAACCUUACAAAUGUAGUGAAUGUGACAAAUGCUUUACCCGAAAAUUCCAUCUUAGUAUUCAUCAGAGAAUUCAUACAGGAGAGAACCCUUACAAAUGCAGUGAAUGUGACAAAUGCUUUACCCAAAAAUCCAAUCUUAAUAUUCAUCAGAGAAUUCAUACAGGAGAGAAACCUUAUAAAUGCAGUGAAUGUGACAAAUGCUUUACUGAAAAAGGCAGUCUGAGAAUUCAUCAGAGAAUUCAUACAGGAGAGAAUCCUUACAAAUGCAGUGAAUGUGACAAAUGCUUUACCCGAAAAUUCCAUCUUAGUAUUCAUCAGAAAAUCCAUACAGGAGAGAAACCUUACAAAUAGUUUACAUGUGACAAAUACAAUAUUCACCAUGUCAGUCUGAGAAAUCAUCAGUUACUUCAUACAGUAGAGAAUCUUUAUAAAUGAAGUGAACGAGAUAAUCCUUUACCAAAAUAUAUCAUCUUAUAAUUCAUUAGUGAAUACUUAGAGAAGACAAACUUCAAAUAUAUUAUAGGUAUGAAUCCUUUCCUUUUGGCCUAUUUCCUAGAAUAUAACAGUGAAUAUACUUACAGGCUAGAAACUUAACUCAUGCAUUGUAUGAAGAAAUAUCUUUGACUUCAUUUGAGGUCAGAGAAAACAUCUAAGAACUUUUUAAGGGAUAGUAUUUCUGUUGGGAAAAAUGUGGCAUAUGUUUUAUUCACGGUGUAUUCUUGACAACACUUGAGGCUCCACUCUAGAGAAUUAGUAUGAUUAUGAAAAUCUUGUGAAAAUUUUCAUGCAAUGUUCAAAUCUUGGGUAAUGUCAACUAUUUAUGCUGGAGGACCUCUGUACAUGUGAAAAUGUAGAAAGCCUUUCAUGACAACUUUUACUUGUUCACCCUCAAAUGUUACAAAAAAGAGUAUCUGGCAAACUGAGCCACCCAGACAGCAUAUUCUUUAUCCUAUAAGUAUGCUUACAGAUGUUAAGUGUGCUUCGAGUAUCCAGAAAUCAUAUUUCUUCUCAAAUGCUUGUUUCACAUUAUAGGAUAACAACUGAGUAUGAGUCUCUUGUGAUCUGCUCAACAACUCCUUUCCUAUUGUCCUGUAACUAACUCCAAUAAAGCUGAAAGUUUCAACAA